AUGGCAAAACAGAACCACACGGAUUCAUCAGAUUUCAUUCUUAUGGAUUUCUCCUUCCAGUCAGAGCAUCAACACCUUCUGGGCUUGCUCUUCCUAUCCAUGUAUCUCCUGACAGUCCUGGGAAAUUUACUGAUUGUUCUGCUGAUUUCCUCGGAUGUUCACCUUCUGCAGACCCCCAUGUAUUUCUUCCUCAAGCAUCUUUCUUUGGCAGAUGUGGGCUUUGCCUCUGUGACUGUCCCCAAGAUGCUGCAAAACCUUCUCUUCCAGGUCAGGACUAUAUCCUAUAGUGGUUGUUUGAUGCAAAUGCAUUUCUACAUGACUUUUGCCAACACAGACAACUAUCUUUUGGCUGUGAUGGCCUAUGACCGCUAUAUGGCCAUCUGCCAUCCACUGCUUUAUGCCACACGGAUGAGCCACAAGCGCUGCUUCUUACUUGUGGCAAUCUGUUGGCUCCUGGCAUCCCUCAAUUCAGUGCUGUAUACAUUGAUAAUCUGUGAAAUGGCAAACCAGAACCAAACAGACAACUCAGAAAUAACCCUUUUGAUGAUCUCCAGUAGACCUGAAUAUCAGAACCUUUUCUUCCUGCUUUUUCUGUCCAUUUAUUUGCUGGCCCUCCUAGGGAAUUUUCUCAUUGUCUUGCUUACCCACUUAGACAAUCAUCUCCUCCAGGCCCCGAUGUACUUCUUCCUGAGUCAUCUCUCCCUGGCUGACAUCCUUUUUGUUUCCACUACCAUUCCCAAAAUCCUGAUAAAUCUGAUGUCUCGGACUCAGACCAUCGCCUUCAAUGAAUGCUUGACCCAGAUGUAUUUCUUUCUCACCUCUGGUAACACAGAUAACUUCCUCCUUGCCUGCAUGGCUUAUGACCGCUACGUGGCUGUCUGUCACCCACUGCAUUACCUCACUGUGAUGAGCCACAAGUGCUGCCUAUUUUUGGUUUCUGGAUCCUGGAUCGUUUCCGGGCUCCACUCUCUACUCUAUACCCUUCUGAUAUCACGCCUUUCUUUCUGCACCUCUAUGGAAAUCCCUUAUCUUUUCUGUGAUGUCUACCCUCUCCUGCAAUUGUCCUGUUCUAAUACAAGGCACAUAAAGUUCUUGGUACAGACGGAAGGGGUGAUGGAUUUGCUGGGGCCUUUAGCUGUCAUCAUUAUCUCCUAUGCACUAAUAUUCUCCACAAUCAUGAAAAUCCCCUCAACAGCUGGGAAAUGCAAAGCGGUUUCUACCUGUGGCUCACAUCUGGCUGUGGUGAUCUUGUUCUACAGCACUAUCAGCUGCCUUUAUUUCCAGCCUCCUUCAUCGUACUCAGCCCAAAAAGGCACUUUUAUCUCUCUCUUGUAUGCAGUGGUGAUACCAAUGCUGAAUCCCUUCAUCUAUACACUAAGGAACCAGGAGGUAAAGUCAGCAAUAGUGAGACUUCUUGGCAGGAUGAGAGCUUUCUUAAGAAAAUAA